CGGGUUAGGUUGUUAGAAAGUUAAUGGCUGGGGGAAAGAGAUCCUCCUCAACCCUCGCUUCGGGAGAGUUUCUGGAUUCCCUGAAGUAAAAUCACGCAUAUAUCGUAAAGGAAAGAGCCUGGACGGACGUUUAAGUAAACAACUAGCUUGUUAACACAAGUAUCGUGAACACAAGUAUGCAGGAUGCAGUAGCCGGGACGGCAAUGCUGACGGACGGCUUCGAGGACGAGAUUGACUCGGUGACUCCUCGCUCCCCAGUGGCAGGGAUGGGGGUAGGAGCGACACCAGGAGGAGUCGGACUAGGGGGCAUUGGGAUUGGUGUAGGUGGAAAGAAAGUACGUUUGUACGGUGAACCAGGCGGGCCUGCUGCAGAUAGACUGGAUUUCAAACUAGCGGCCGCGGCCGUCCUCUCCUCGGGUCCAGGAUCCGGCAGCGACGAAGACGAGGUUUCAGAGGUGGAGUCAUUCAUUUUGGACCAGGAGGACCUGGAUAACCCUAUCAUGAAGACAGCAUCAGAGUUACUUUUGUCCAGUGCCACAGAUGGAGUAGAUUUGAGGACUGUUGACCCAGAGACACAAGCUCGUCUUGAAGCUCUACUAGAAGCUGCAGGCAUCGGUAAACUGUCCACUGCCGAUGGUAAAGCUUUUGCAGACCCUGAGGUGCUACGCCGACUGACGUCAUCCGUGAGUUGUGCCCUGGAUGAGGCUGCCGCAGCCCUGACCCGUAUGAGAGCAGAGAACACCCUCAACGCUGGCCAAGCUGACAAUCUGGUUAUUUUCAGCCGUAGUUUAGCGGAGGCGUGUUCAGAUGGGGAUGUCAACGCAGUGCGCAAAUUACUGGAUGAGGGACGAAGCGUCAAUGAACACACAGAGGAAGGCGAGAGCUUACUGUGCCUCGCCUGCUCGGCUGGCUACUAUGAACUUGCACAGGUUUUGUUGGCAAUGCAUGCCAAUGUGGAGGACCGGGGCAUAAAGGGGGACAUAACGCCACUUAUGGCUGCUGCCAGCGGAGGUUACGUGGACAUCGUGAAACUGCUUCUGGUCCAUGGAGCAGAUGUUAACGCACAGUCAUCCACUGGUAACACAGCGCUGACGUAUGCAUGUGCUGGUGGCUUUGUGGAUGUUGUGAAGGUGCUGCUGAAAGAGGGUGCUAACAUUGAGGACCACAAUGAGAAUGGACACACACCUCUUAUGGAGGCAGCCAGUGCUGGCCAUGUGGAAGUGGCCAGGGUACUUCUGGAGUAUGGCGCCGGCAUCAACACACACUCCAAUGAGUUCAAAGAGAGCGCUCUUACACUAGCCUGCUACAAAGGCCACUUGGACAUGGUCCGUUUUCUGCUCGAGGCUGGAGCAGACCAGGAGCAUAAAACAGACGAGAUGCACACAGCACUGAUGGAGGCGUGCAUGUCCCAGGAUGGCCAUGUGGAGGUGGCACGUCUGCUGUUGGACAGCGGUGCGCAGGUCAACAUGCCAGCGGAUUCCUUUGAAUCCCCCCUUACUCUCGCAGCCUGUGGAGGACACGUGGAACUGGCAGCCUUGCUCAUAGAGAGGGGAGCAAACUUGGAAGAGGUUAAUGAUGAGGGCUAUACCCCACUGAUGGAAGCAGCUAGAGAAGGUCACGAAGAGAUGGUAGCACUGCUGCUGGCUCAAGGUGCUAACAUCAAUGCCCAGACAGAGGAGACCCAGGAAACAGCCUUGACUCUUGCAUGCUGUGGAGGCUUUUUGGAAGUUGCUGACUUUCUCAUCAAGGCAGGAGCUGACAUUGAGUUGGGCUGCUCUACUCCCCUAAUGGAGGCUGCGCAGGAAGGUCAUUUGGAACUGGUCAAGUACCUACUGGCUGCAGGAGCAAAUGUUCAUGCCACGACAGCAACAGGCGACACAGCAUUGACCUAUGCAUGUGAGAAUGGACACACUGAUGUUGCUGAUGUGCUGCUGCAGGCUGGAGCCAACUUGGAACAUGAGUCUGAAGGGGGGCGAACACCCUUGAUGAAAGCAGCAAGAGCGGGACAUCUCUGCACAGUGCAGUUCCUUAUCAGCAAAGGUGCUAAUGUGAACAGAGCUACUGCCAACAAUGAUCACACGGUGGUGUCUCUGGCCUGUGCCGGAGGUCAUCUGGCUGUGGUGGAGUUGCUGUUGGCACAUGGGGCAGAUCCUACACACAGACUAAAGGAUGGUUCGACCAUGCUGAUAGAGGCUGCUAAAGGUGGCCACACCAACGUGGUUUCCUACCUGUUGGAUUACCCCAACAAUAUCCUGUCUGUCCCAGCCCCUGACCUCUCCCAGCUUACUCCCCCUUCGCAAGAUGCCUCUCAGGUAGAGGUUCCUCGUGUCCCAUUCCAAGCUCUCGCCAUGGUAGUGCCUCCUCAAGAGCCUGACCGCGCCCCAUCAAACAUCACCACACCCCCACCCAUCUCCAGCAAAGGUGUGUCUAAGCAGAGACAGGCAGCCCUUCAGCCCGGUGUCCCUAGUUCUGUAGGCCGGGGGCCUGAAGCCGAACCUUUGCCUCCUUUCCACUUAUGCCAGCCUCUAGAGUGCAUUGUGGAGGAGACUGAGGGAAAGCUGAAUGAGCUGGGCCAGAGAAUCAGUGCUAUUGAGAAAGCCCAGCUUCAGUCGCUAGAGCUCAUUCAGGGGGAGCCGCUCACCAAAGACAAGAUUGAGGAGCUAAAGAAGAGCCGUGAAGAGCAGGUACAGAAGAAGAAGAAAAUCUUAAAGGAGCUGCAGAAGGUGGAGCGCCAGUUGCAGCUCAAAACACAGCAACAGUUCACCAAAGAGUACAUGGAGGCGAAGGGCUUAAGGGAGGACCAGGAGCCUGGACAAAGCCAGGGCCCAGGCCCUGGGCCUGGAAGUACAAUGACAACUCCAGUACCUAUUCCCACCACACCAGGUGCCCAAGUACACACGGGUUCUGACACAGAUGAAGAGGCGAACAAAGAUGGAGAUCAAGAAGAGCAGCCAGGAGAGGACGGGGAGGAGGAAGAGGAAGAUGACGAUGAUGACGACGAUGAUGAGGAGGAGGAGGAGGAAGAGGAGGAGGAGGAGGAGGAGGAUGGUUCCGAUGAUGAGCCAGAUGGAGAAGAUGAUUACCCCAAGCUUCCUCAAGUUGGUACAAUCCUCCACAGGGACGUGCCACAGCACCCUCCUCUGCCCCCUUCGCCACAGGCUCAGCCACAGCCCCCUCCUCCACCUCUCGCAGCCUUUGUCCCUAUUCAGCCUCUGCCAGACUACAACCCUGCAGACUACUCGGGAAACACCAGCCCAGAGCUGCAGAGGGUCCUGGUUGGGCAACAGAUGUUGGGGCAGCAACAACCAGGUCAGGGUCAACAGUUGCCUGGGUUAGGCCCAGGCAUGAUGCCUCAGCAGGCCCCAGAUGGCCUCAUGGUGGCUACACCUGCACAGACGCUCACAGACACGCUGGAUGACAUCAUGGCAGCUGUGAGCAGCCGUGUGCCCAUGCUGGACACUACAACCUCACCCACACCCCUGUCCCAGCCCCCCGCACAGACGCCUGGAAACAUUGCAUCGCCCCCCUCAGUGCUGCCCCUCUACCCCUCUGUUGACAUUGAUGCACAUACGGAGAGUAACCAUGACACAGCGCUGACACUGGCGUGUGCAGGGGGCCAUGAAGAGCUUGUAUCGGUUCUCAUUGCACGGGGAGCCAACAUUGAGCACCGGGACAAGAAAGGUUUUACACCUCUUAUUCUGGCUGCCACUGCUGGCCACGUUGGUGUGGUGGAAGUGUUACUCGAUAAAGGGGGUGACAUUGAGGCGCAGUCUGAGAGAACCAAAGACACACCCCUCUCCCUAGCCUGCUCUGGGGGACGCCAGGAGGUGGUUGAGUUGCUGCUGCUUCGGGGAGCCAAUAAGGAACACCGUAAUGUUUCUGACUACACGCCUCUUAGCCUCGCCGCUUCGGGGGGUUAUGUUAACAUCAUAAAGAUACUCCUCAAUGCUGGAGCGGAAAUUAACUCCAGGACUGGCAGUAAGCUGGGAAUCUCUCCUUUGAUGCUGGCAGCUAUGAAUGGUCAUGUACCAGCAGUGAAGCUGUUGCUAGAUAUGGGUUCAGACAUCAAUGCCCAGAUUGAGACCAAUAGAAACACUGCGCUGACCCUAGCCUGCUUCCAGGGACGGGCUGAGGUUGUCAGUCUGCUGCUGGAUCGCAAGGCCAAUGUGGAGCACCGUGCAAAGACUGGUCUUACUCCACUGAUGGAGGCAGCCUCAGGAGGUUAUGCAGAGGUAGGCCGAGUUCUCUUGGACAAAGGUGCUGAUGUCAACGCUCCCCCUGUUCCCUCUUCCCGAGACACUGCCCUCACCAUAGCGGCAGACAAGGGCCACUACAAGUUUUGCGAGCUCCUUAUUAACCGGGGUGCCCAUAUCGAUGUGCGAAACAAGAAAGGAAACACUCCCCUCUGGUUAGCGGCCAACGGUGGACAUUUUGAUGUGGUCCAGCUCUUGGUCCAUGCCAGUGCUGAUGUGGAUGCAGCUGACAACCGCAAGAUUACCCCACUUAUGGCUGCUUUUCGCAAGGGUCAUGUGAAGGUGGUGCAAUAUCUUGUGAAGGAGGUCAACCAGUUCCCGUCAGAUAUCGAAUGCAUGAGAUAUAUUGCCACCAUUGCGGACAAGGAGCUGUUGAAGAAGUGCCACCAGUGCAUGGAGACCAUAGUCAAAGCCAAAGACCAGCAGGCAGCCGAGGCCAACAAGAACGCUAGCAUUCUCCUCAAGGAGCUAGACUUGGAGAAGUCACGGGAGGAGAGCAAGAAGCAAGCCCUAGCCGCGAAGCGUGAGAAGCGUAAGGAGAAACGCAAAAAGAAGAAGGAGGAGCAGAAAAGGAAGCUGGAGGAAGAGGAGGGUAAGAAACCUAAGGAUGACUCAUCUGAGAUGCUGGAGCAGAAGGAAGAUUCAGCUGAAGAAUCAGAGGUUCCAAUUGAGCCUCCCAGUGCAACCACCACUACCACCAUUGGUAUAUCCGCCACCUCCACCACUUUCACUACAGUUUUUGGUAAGAAGAGAGCAAGUGUGGCCACUACCCCAAGCACCAAUCGCAAGAACAAAAAGAAUAAGACGAAAGACUCUUCGCCCAAUGAACCCAUCAUAUUACAGGAUCCACAGGUUGCACUAGCCCAGCACAAAGCUGACAAGAACAAGAUCCAUGGUGAACCACGGGGUGGGGGCGGGGGAGCGACAGGGGGCAACAGCGAUUCGGACCCCUUGGACAGCACCGACUGUGCUAGUGAAAGCAGCAGCAGCGGGGGCAAGAGUCAAGAACUCAACUACCUCCCUGACCUCACCUCCUCCGCCUCCUCCUCUUCCUCUUCAUCCUCAUCUUCAGUCCCCUCCUCAGGAGCCAUUCAGUCCCAGGUCAUCCUUCCCGGUACAGAAAAACGACACUGUCCUCAGCCACUGACUGAUGGAAAGGUGGACAACAAGGUCACAGUCUCCAUCUCAAAACCAACACAAAAAGCUCCAGACACAAGUGACUCAAUGUCCAACUCCUUACCAUCUCCAUUCAAGACCAUGGCCCUUCCCAUCACCUCUCCCAUAAACAAGCUCAGCCUCACAAGCCCAAAGAGAGGCCAGAAGAGAGAAGAAGGUUGGAAGGAAGUGGUCAGAAGAUCAAAGAAGCUCUCUGUACCAGCUUCUGUGGUGUCACGGAUUAUGGGCAGAGGGGGCUGCAAUAUCACAGCCAUCCAGGACGUGACAGGAGCUCACAUUGACGUGGACAAACAGAAGGACAAGAAUGGAGAGAGGAUGAUCACUAUAAGAGGCGGCACGGAGUCUACAAGGUAUGCAGUCCAGCUGAUAAACGCUUUAAUCCAAGAUCCAGCCAAAGAGCUUGAGGAUCUGAUCCCACGGAAUCACAUCAGAGUCCCAGGCUCUAAAACCACCUCAGCUGCGUUUCAAAGUACCCCAGGGGCAUCUAGUGGAUCGACCACUGGACCAAAGGCCCUAAGCUCAUUAGUCACCUCCUCGGGCGUCUCUUUUCAGCCCUCCUCAUCCUCAUCUUCAUCCUCUUCUCAGGCUGGGGGAAAGAUUGGAAAGGGGCUGUCAUCAAACGUCAGACAGCCCUUCCCGGUGUCUUUGCCCUUGGCAUAUGCCCACCCUCAGCUAGCUCUACUCGCUGCUCAAACCAUGCACCAGAUCAGACACCCUCGUCUACCCAUGGCUCAGUUUGGGGGAACCUUCUCUCCUGCCGCAAGCACCUGGGGUCCGUUCCCAGUGCGUCCUGUAAGUCCUGGAAGCGCCAACAGCUCCCCCAAGCACAAUGGAGGAACCAACAGCAGUGGAAGCCAGGCUAGGCCCAACAUGACCCACAGUGAGCACAGCCACACGUCCGGAGCCUCAGUCGCGACCAUCAACACCACCACUACUAUUAGUGCUCCCACACCUGCAGUUGCAGGCUCGCCUAAUACCCCCAACCCCACCUCCUACAAUUCCCAGCCCAGCAUCCCCACGCCUUCCUCUGUCAGAAAGCAGCUUUUUGCCCCUGACCCUAAGCCUGUUGGAGUAACCUCUGUGUCUGCUGCUGCCACGACUACUGGCGGUAAUAAUGCAGUACGAGGCACAGGGUCUCCUGCGCAUCACAGUUCCACAACAACUACCGCUAAUGCCCUUCAGCAAGCAGUUGGAUCUGUGUCGCAGAACCCCAUUCAGUCUGCUAAAACAGAGCCCAGUGCUGUUGCACCUGUGGGAAAAGAAAAGGCAACUCUUCCUUUGGAGAACCAGCCUGGUUCUGUCACCGAGAGCAUCAGCUCAGUGGGUUUCACUGCCCCUGCCAUGGCUUUACCUCCCAAGCCAGAACCACGGCAGCAGUUACCUCCCCCUCCCUCCUCUGUACCAUCUACAGAGGCCCCGCCGCCCCUUCUCAAUCCACAGCCCAGUGCCCAUCUCCCCUCGGCACCUGCUCCUGUGCUUUCUCACAAUGUUGCACACCCCAACAACACUGUACCCCAUUUCUCAGCCCCUGCACCAAGAGUCUCCCAUCGUAUGCAGCCACCAGGGCCUUACUAUUCCCUUUCUGAGCAGCAGCAGCAACAACAGUCUGUGUUUGUGCCCUUCAAUGCUCAGCAAGAACCCCCAAAACAGACCCCAAAACAGACGUCACAGCCCGCAAGUUUGCCUCUGCAAGCCCACACCCAAGCUCAAGCCCAGGCUCCAGGCUCUCUUCAGGUCUCUGCUAAUUUGGGAAUGAUAAACGGUUCCCAGAUGCAACAUGUGGCCAGUACAGGCAAGCCUCAGCAGAUGCCCGCCAACUUUGGUCCUGCAGGCCUCUUUAAUUUCAGCAGCAUCUUUGAUAAUAAUAGUCAAGUAAACAGUCACGUGUGGGGUGCAUGCCAUCUGCCUGCUCGCUCACCUCCAGAGCAGUCGUACCCAGCACCACCAGCCUACAUGAGCAUGGAGAAUAUGAUCCCUCCACCUCCUCCAGACAGUUCCAAAGCCCCUGGCUACCGCGCUGCCUCCCAGAGAAUGGUCAACAGCCCCAUUGCUUUGACCAGCUAUGCCACCAGUAUGUCUGGCAGUCCUGUAUAUCUGCAUGGUCACACAGCUGUUGGCACACCCUCAUUCAGCAGACAGCACUUUUCCCCUCACCCAUGGAGUGCAUCCACAUCAGGUGAAUCACCUGUCCCCCCUCCCUCCACGGUGUCAUCAUCAGCCCUUUCCACUUCAGCAGUGGCGCCACCUCCUCAGCCUAAACCAGACAACUCUUCGCAGCAAGAUCGCAAGGUUCCCCCACCCAUCGGCACUGAGCGGCUGGCCAGGAUUAGACAGACUGGUUCAGUCAACCCACCUCUUCUCACUACCAGCUACACUGCAUCGGUUGGACAGGGAGGAAUUUGGUCAUUUGGAGUCGGCAGCGCUUCAGAAGCCAUGUCAGGUUGGUCUCAGCCUCUGAUGGGCAGUCACAUGAUGCACCCACAGCUGCAGGCAGAGCAAUCAGCCUUCUCUCAGCACCAGCCCAUGGAGCAGGAUGACACGGGCAUUGCAAACCCUGCUAACAGUUACCACCAGCCUCAGCAUUUGCCUAACAGUUACAUGGACUUCCCAAAGGGGAUGCCUAUGUCAAUGUAUGGCGGAACCAUGCUGCCCCCUCAUCCUCCCAUGGCAGAGGGGCCAGGAGGGCCAAUGUACAAUGGAUUGCACGCUGGUGACCCUGCAUGGAGCCCCAUCAUAAAAGUGGUCCCAAACAAUACAGAUAACUCUGACCCACAACAGCAGGUGUGGCCAGGUACCUGGGCACCCCAUGUGGGCAAUGUGCACCUGAACCAUGUCAACUAGGUCACGUCCACAGCAACUGAACGCACACAGCAUGACCCACAGCGCAAACGUGAAAAAUACCAACUGACGAAUAUGACCGAAUAAGACAAAGGAAAAAAGUAAAGCGUACAACUUAUUAACUUUAGUGGAGACCUGGCAGUACAAAGCUGAGUUUGAAUAACUGAGGUCUCUUGACACCAUUCUUUGAUGUGCCUAUUUCAAACAAAGAGAGGAAAUUGGGCGAGAGCUGUGUCCUGAUGAUGCAAACAAACAUGCGCAUACCUGUUCAACAGGAUCCAUUCUCUGCAUAGUUUAGCGAUUUUGACUUAAACCCACGUACAUCGUUCUUGGGCUGCAGGGGGCUCAACAUGAAGUAGCUAUUUAAACUUGGCCCAGAACUAGAUGAUGAUUACCUAAACAGAAAUCAGAACCUUUUAGAGUGGUAAAUACAUGUAUAAUUGUUUACAUACUAAAAAGGGUUAAAAUGAGAGUAAAUUUCAUGUCGUAUAGUGGCUCUACUUUAUGUAGCCUGUAUUAAUGUGAAAUAUUUACCUUAAUAUUCAAUAAAAAGAUUGAAAAGUA